AUGUGGCAACUACUUCUUGAAGAAGCUCUGAGCAGCAGCAGCAUCUCCCAGGAAGUCGCUGUUUUUGUGGAGCUGAUCUGGACUGAAGCCCUUGGUUGCUUUGAUGAUGUGCUUGCCAGUCCUGUCAAUAGCAUCAGUCCCAAUGAUGUGAGCAGGGCCGAAGGCAUUCUCUUGCAGGCACGGAAAGCCAUGGAUGAAGGAGUUGAUCAGAACGGGUUAAGAGGCAUCAUGUUCGAGUUCUACACAAUCCUGCAACAUAAACACGGGAUUACCAAGAAGAUGAUCUCUACAAAACAUGACCUCUGCCAGUUAAUUCGAGACAUUGUCAAUGCAAGUGAAGCCACUCUAUGGAGCCUCACACCGUCUUCGCUUGCUAAAUACCAGGCCCUGAGGUGCAGUGUGGAGCAUGUAGCCCCAAACAUUGAAGAGUUUUCUACCAUUAAGGUGCUUCUAAUGCAUAGGAAUGAAAGGAUCCAUCAGAUAUUCCGCAUUGGCAGAGUGAAUGAGAUGUUAGACUUCCAGAGCCAGCUUGGCAAUGUCCAGCCACUGUUCCACGCCACCUCUGCUAGCAGCUUCGUUGGUAUUCUUUCCAGGGGACUUCUUUUGCCAAAAGUUGCGAUUGAACAACACGGCAUUGAUAGGACGGAUAUUGGUAACCUUGGAUGUGGCAUUUACUUCAGCAAUGCAUUGAGCACAAUUCUCAAGUAUUCAAAGCCUAGUGAAAGUGAUGGCACGCGGCUCCUGGUGGUUUGUGACAUCGCUCUCGGUGAGUGCAAGCACCUGCACAAGAAAGAUUUCACCUUGGCAUCUGCGCCAGCCGGGUACAGCAGUGUGCUCGGAGUGCGGCAGACUGCAGACGUUGCUUCGGAAUUCCAGGAUGAUGAGUAUGUCGUAUACAACCCCAGCCAGGUUCAAAUAAAGUAUGUUGUCCAGUUCUGCGUGGGAGAAGACCAGGUGAAUAGUUUUCAGCCCACUGUUAAUGUUACCAAUGAAGAAACCCCAGCAGGUCUGUCAGACCCCCCAGCAGUGACUGAUGCCGAUUCCAAUGAGGAAUACACAAACCCUUUGGACUCUGUAACAGAGGGCCUCCAGGACAGCUCUGGGAAUAAGAUCCCCCUUACUUCUGAGGCCAAGUAUGUCUUUCCUUUGGAUGAAACAGCAGCUGUAUGUGGGUUUGAAGCUUUUAUUAAUGGAAAACAUGUAGUGGGUGAGGUGAAGGAAGAGGAGAAAGCAAGACAAGACCACAGGCAGGCGAUUCAGGAGGGACACAGGGCCUACCUCAUGGAUCAAGAAGCACCAGAUGUUUUUACCAUUAGUGUUGGAAACCUUCCUCCAAGUGCCACUGUCCUGAUUAAAAUCACCUACGUGACUGAGCUUGCUACUGAAUUUGGAUCUAUAGUCUUCCGGCUGCCUGGCAGUGUGGCACCAUGGCAACAGAGCAAAGCAUUGAAUGAGAGGACACAGGACACAGUAGAGAAGAUCUGUGUGAAUGAAAUGGAGGAAACUGGUGGAUUUGCCUUGGAUAUGUCGGUUGAAAUGCCACAUGAGAUCACACGCAUUUGGUCUGGAACCCACAAAAUCAAAGUCAAGAAAACUCAAUGUAAAGCAGUUGUAAUCACGGAAGAGAACAGCUCUUUAGGACCGGGUGGAUUCAGCCUUACUAUUGACUUGUCUGAAGUGUACCUGCCCAGGAUGUGGGUUGAGAAGCACCCGGACAAAGACAGCCAGGCUUGCAUGUUGGUGUUUUGCCCAGAGUUUGCUCCUAGUAGUUUUCCAGAGGACUGUGAGGUUGUGAUUUUCUUGGACAGUUCCAAUUCCAUGAGGGGGGCAGUGCUGCAGGAAGCCAGAAAGAUUGCUCUGCGGCUGCUGAAUUCACUGCAUUGCAAGCUCAAUGUUGUCAUAUUUGGUACAGACUGUAAGGAAUUGUUCCCCUGCCCACAAGAUUAUGUCUUGGAAGCUGCAAAGCAGUUUAUAAUGUUUUCGCCACUAUUAAUGGGCAACACUGAUCUUUGGAGACCUUUACGCAGUUUAAGCUUGCUGGCUCCUUCUAAAGGUGUCCGUAACAUCCUCUUAAUUUCGGACGGACACAUUCAGAGUGAAGGUUUGAUCCUGCGGCUAUUGAAAGAGAACGCUCAUCAUACCAGGAUUUUCACUUGUGGAGUUGGCCAUACAGCAAAUCGACACAUGUUGAGGUCCUUGGCACAGUCUGGAGGUGGAGCUUAUGAGUUUUUUGACAUGAAAACAAAACACAACUGGAGAGAAAAGAUUGCCUUGCAGGUGAUACAGAUGGUCUUGCCGGACUGCAGCUCUGUCUCUGUGAAGUGGCAGCAGUUCAACCCCAACGCCUCCCAGCCUGUCCAGGCCCUGGCACAGCUGCACUCUGUGUUUAGUGACAAUCAGCUUCUUGUUUACGGAUUUGUGCCUCACUGUACACAGUUCUCCCACUGGGCCACUCUGUCUGGUGUGGUCAGCAAUCAGGAGAUUCAAACAAUGGUUUCAACCACCGAGCUCCAGAAGACUAAAGGCACAGUUGAAGAAUUAAAGGAGAGCUAUGAAGAGAAGCUGGAGAACACUUUUGACAUGUACAAAGAUGCCAUCAAGCAACAUGCUUAUCAGCGCGCAAUGGAAGAGGUAGAGGACAACUAUGUCCCUAUAGAGGAGUUUCUUGCUGAACAAGAAAAAGUCGUGGUUAUAAAGUCCAUGGAGAAGAUGAUUAAGGCCCCGAAUGAAGCCAUCCAGGAGGCAGGAGAUAACUUUUUGGAAAAAGUGGAGGAGAAUAAGAGGCUUGAGGAGAAAAUAGCUCAACAGGCAGUAGCAGAGCUAAAGGGAGAGGAGCAGCUGAAAACAUCGACGGUCAAUGACAGUGAGGAGUAUGAGGAGAGGGAGAUGGGAGCUGUAGACAGCGGCAAGGUCUUGGACUCUUCGCUGUUCUCCGACAUUACUGACAGCCAAACUACCAGGAAAAAACUGUAUUCAGUCAACAAAAUAAGAGUUUUUGGAUCAAACAAAAGGUAG